GGACUCCUCCGAGAGCUGUCAUGAUGUUACCGGACAAAAGAAAGAUUCCGAAAGGCUUGUCAAACAACAAGCUCACCAUAAUACACGGAUGGAACGACCGUCUUCCGAGCCAUGGCACUCUUCAAACGGGACCGAUGCAGCGCCGUCGUCGCCUUGGACCCGGGGACCGCAUAUGAUGAGUGGAAAGGAGUUUGUAGCAUUAUUGUUGUUACCAUGGUUACCAGUUUGAUGGUGGCGUACAACAGGAGAUCUGGUGGUGACAGAUCAUCCUCACCACAAUCAUUAGCAUCCUCCUCCGGACACAAAGAAGGUCCUAUGUCUGCCAUGAGAAAGAGACCAAGGAUGGUAUCAACGCUAGGCGGCUACACAGGUGUCAUGGACCGCAAGACCCUCAAGAUGCACUGUGGGACGUGCGCCCUCAUCACCAGCUCGGGUCACCUCACCGGCGGAGAGAGGGGCCCCGAAAUCGACCGUGCCGACUGCGUGAUCCGUAUGAACGACGCCCCCAGCGUUGGCUACGAGCGGGACGUGAGCCAGCGUACCACUCUCCGUGUGGUGGCGCAUUCCAGCCUGCAGCGGCUGCUACGCAAGCAACGGGAGCUGCUCAACGCCACCCAAGGCACGGUGUUCGUCUUCUGGGGACCGAGCAACUGCAUGAAACGCGACGGCAGAGGCCACGUGUUCAACCAUCUGAAGAUAUUGAACCAGCAGCUGCCCAGUCUCAAACUUUAUAUCAUUUCUCGACUCCAAAUGAUGGCAUUUGAUGAACUUUUCAAAAAUGAAACCGGCAUUGACAGGAAAAGUUCCAACACCUGGCUGAGUACCGGCUGGUUCACGAUGGCCGUGGCCUUGGAGCUAUGUGACAGGAUCAACGUUUAUGGCAUGGUGCCACCUGACCACUGCAGAUCCCCCUCCAGUCCGUCAGUGCCGUAUCACUACUACGAGCCGUCCGGCCCCACCGAGUGCACCAUGUACCUGUCUCACGAGAGAAGCCGACGAGGGAGUCACCACCGCUUCAUCACAGAGAAGAUGGUCUUUGCCAACUGGGCUCAGAGCCUCGACAUCCAUUUCUACCAGCCGGACUGGAAGCCUAAAGCGCCAGUGAAAGUCUCCAGUGCCAUUCAGACUGGAUCUUGAGAUGCUUGCGAGAUUCCCACUUGGACCAAACUUUGUUUUGAUCAUUAAAUAUUACAAUACACAGGA